UGUUUAGUGUAGUGGAGUGUUUAGUGUUUAGUGUAGUGGAGUGUUUAGUGUUUAGUAUAGUGAAGUGUUUAGUGUUUAGUAUAGUGAAGUGUUUAGUGUUUAGUGGAGUGUGUGUUGUGAGUGACAUUCUGUGUCCUGUCCUUCAGUCAUCACCAUCCUCAAUGGGAAGGUGGAGGAGGUGGAACUGCCAGUGGAGAAGGUUGACAUCAUCAUCUCAGAGUGGAUGGGCUACUGUCUCUUCUACGAGUCUAUGCUCAAUACGGUCAUCUUUGCCAGGGACAAAUGGCUAAAGCCUGGAGGGCUGAUGUUUCCUGACAAGGCUGCCCUGUAUGUGGUGGCCAUCGAGGACAGGCAGUACAAGGACUUCAAGAUACACUGGUGGGAGAACGUGUAUGGUUUUGACAUGACCUGCAUCCGUAACGUGGCCAUGAGAGAGCCCCUGGUGGACGUGGUGGACCCCAAACAGGUGGUGACCAACGCCUGCCUAGUCAAGGGGGAGUUGGGAUUGUAACGGGUUUCGUCCUCUUCGUCUGACGAGGAGUAGCAAGGAUCGGACCAAUACGCAGCGUGGUAAGUGUCCAUAUUGAUAUUUUUAUUAAAUCAAACAGAACACUGAACGAAAUAACAAAGGUACAAACAAACCCGAAACAGUCCCGUAUGGUGAAAACACUAACACAGGAUACAACUACCCACCAAACACAAAGGAAAACAGGCUACCUAAAUAUGGCUUCCAAUCAGAGACAACGACUGACACCUGCCUCUGAUUGAGAACCAUACUAGGCCAAACACAUAGAAAAAGACAACCUAGAUAUACAACAUAGAAUUCCCACCCACAUCACACCCUGAACAAACAAAACAUAGACAUACAAAGCAAUCUAUGGUCAGGGCGUGACAGGGAUAUGCAACAACAACAAAAAAUCUUAAUCUCACUUGCGUAUAAUACACACUUGUUAUUAUUUAUUGCCUGAAUCCAGACUAUAAAAAUGACUUUCCAAAAUUGAAGUGUCACAGAGAGACUACCAGCAAAGAAUUAUGAUGAGCCCUAAAUGGGUUCCGUGUCCCUGUCUGUGAUUUGCAUGUCAAUGAAUGUGUCUAGACAGUACAGACUUCACAGUGGGACCCAUGCCAGCCACCGUAUCUGAGCCAUAAAUAGGCCUGGCACUCCCGGGUCUGUG